AUGAAAGACGCGGGGAUAAGGCAUUCAGCCGGCAGGUCUGUAGUCUGCAUGUCUGGAUAUCCAACCAGUACCGGUGACCUUCCCGUGUUCUACAACUCGCUGCAUAUCUCGGUACUCGGUACGGAGUACUCAGCAUUAUCAUCCUUCGCGCAUCCUUCCCACGGCACUCCCGUCGCUGCCUCGCACUUUGACAGAUGUUGCCAUCUGUCAAAGUUCUCUGGGGAGUUCUUCAGGGUUCAUCAUGUUAGCUACGGUAUGCCUUCGUUGACGCGUGAGCCUAAGGGGUGGUGGAACUGGUGA